CUCGGAACAUUGAAAAGACUAGACCUGAAGCUCCAGUUCAGAGAUUUCAAGAACAAUCGUCAUUUCGAAUUUCCCUAAGCUUUGAGUUAGUUUGGAGUCUGUUUUGCAUCUUGGACAAGUAUGUCUGGGGCCUCUCCAAGGACGAGGCGUGCCCUUACAGAUUUACGUCGAAUUAGUGAUAACAAUAGUUGCUUUGACUGCGGUGCCAAGAAUCCCCAGUGGGUAUCUGUCAGUUACGGUAUUUUCAUUUGCCUGGAAUGCUCGGGCCGCCACAGGAGUUUAGGUGUCCAUUUGAGCUUCGUUCGUUCGGUAACUAUGGACAAGUGGAAAGACUUGGAACUGGAAAAAAUGAAGGUUGGUGGCAACAGUGUGCUCCGUUCGUUCUUGCAGUCACAGUCCGACAUCAAACCGGGCAUGGACUUUGUGGCAAAGUAUAACUCCCGUGCCGCCGCUCUAUUUAGAGAUAAGGUGUCUGCAGAAGCCAAUGGCCGUUCAUGGUCGAUUGACUCGUCGCCUGCUCGGCAUCAUCAGCCUCCAGCCGUCACCACCUCUUCUACUUCAUCCAGCGCUGCAUCACAGUCCCAGUCACGCCAGUAUUCAAGUGAUGAAAUCGCAACGCAUCGCGCAGAUUUCUUCCAGCGUCGCCAGGAUGAAAACGCCACCAGGCCAGACCAUGUACCUCCAAGUCAAGGUGGCAAGUAUGUUGGUUUUGGCUCCACUCCUGAUCAAAGUAGUAGUUCCCGUUCUGCUGGCCAGUUUGAUUCUGGUGAGAUGCUGACAAAUGCAAUGGCCUCUUUGACCACAGGCUGGAGUUUGUUUGCUGAAUCUGCAACCCAGCUUGCAAGCACGGCCACAGAGCAGGCACUUGUGAUUGGCAGCAAUGUUAAUGAGACCAUGCUGAAGCCAGCUGCUGAAAAGGCUGUGGACUUGACUGCAACAGUACAGGACUCCUUUACGGAUGAAGAAAGUCGCAAGAAGGUGGUCGACUCGAUGUACUCAACAGGCGCCAAUGUUUGGUCUGGUAUCCAGUCGUUUGUGUCAACCUGUGGCGAGGCAACGGCCAACAUGGGUGCUUCUCCUGGAUCAAGACAGCCCCAUGGCUAUGCCUCAUCUACUGGCUCCAGCGGUAUGUCCUCCUCUGCUGCUGCUAGCAGUUCGACCCCCGCAACUGGCAAGGGCCACAGUGAUGAUGGCUGGGGUUCGUGGGGUAGCCAGGACGAUUGGGGUGCAACCGGUAGCUCUGAGCAAACCACGCCUCAAGGUAAGGCGGCUCAACGGUCCUCCUCAACGUCACCACGUGCAGCGACCAGAAGCCGGUCCACGUCAACUACAGCCACGCCGAGGAAGACGACAACAAAGAAGAAGAGUGAGGAUGCCGAGGGCUGGAACACGGAAGAGUGGGGCAACGACGAUGGCGGUGAAUGGUCUACUAUUGAUAUCAAGAAAUAGCAUGCGCGUCAGUAUGUCGACUUGCAAUUUUACUACUGCUUGUGUAUUUAUUUCACACCGCCAUUUAUUUAUGUGCAUGGAAUUAUCCCACAUGACUUCUCUGUAGCCUGAUUUUCAACGCUGCUGUGCCUGUUGCAUAAACACUAUCAGAGAGUAUUAGGAUCUUUAGCCAGCUUUUAUUUUCAUAUUACUCUCUCUGCGCUGCUCUUCUCUGCUUUGAACCAAUAAUUAUAUAGCACACCAAGAAAAGAAACGACUAGCUAGA